UUUGCGCUUGUAAUUUUGCUUAUCCAUCCCGGCACAAGUUUCAUUAGAUUCCUCUCUGGUGUCGGCUCACCACCGAGCAACUUUACCACAAUGUAUAAAUCCACGGGGAAGCUCCUGCUUUCUCUCGGAGCUCUCGCAGCUCUAUUCGCCAUCACAGCUUCUGCUGAACAACCCGGACGCGUGGUUUGUUACUUCAGCAACUGGGCCGUCUAUCGUCCGGGCAUCGGCAAGUACGGGAUCGACGACGUGCCGGCCGACCUGUGCACCCACCUCAUCUACUCGUUCAUCGGCGUGAGCAACGUCACCUGGGAGAUCCUCGUGAUCGAUCCGGAGGUCGAUCUCGAGCAGAACGGCUUCAGGAACUUCACCCAGCUCAAGGCCAAGUAUCCGCACCUCAAGACCGAGGUGGCGGUCGGCGGCUGGGCCGAGGGCGGUCGCAAGUACAGCGCUCUGGUGCACAGCAAGGAGCGCCGUCAGACCUUCAUACGCAGCGUCGUUCAAUUCAUGAAGAAGUACGACUUUGACGGCUUCGAUCUCGAUUGGGAGUAUCCGGGCGCGGCCGAUCGCGGCGGUUCCUUCUCCGACAAGGACGUCUUCUUCUACUUCGUCGAGGAGCUGAGGCGAGCUUUCGAUCGCGAGGGCAGAGGAUGGGAAAUCACCAUGGCCGUGCCCCUGGCCAAAUUCAGGCUCCAGGAGGGCUAUCACGUACCCGAGCUCUGCGAGAACGUCGACGCGAUUCACGUGAUGUCUUACGACUUGAGAGGUAACUGGGGCGGCUUCGCAGACGUGCACAGUCCACUCUACAAGAGACCCCACGACCAAUGGGCCUACGAAAAACUCAACGUUAACGAUGGUUUGCAACUGUGGGAAGACAUGGGCUGCCCGGCCAACAAGCUCGUCGUCGGUGUGCCGUUCUACGGGCGCUCGUUCACGCUCAGUAACAGCAAUACCAACUACAAUCCCGGCACUUACAUCAACAAGGAAGCAGGUGGCGGCGCGCCUGGAAAAUACACCGGUGCCAAGGGUUUCCUUGCCUACUACGAGAUCUGUACCGAGGUGGACGAUCCUAAUGGUGGCUGGACGAAAAAGUGGGACGAGUACGGUAGAGUUCCUUACGCGUACAAAGGUACUCAAUGGGUCGGUUACGAAGACCCGGAGAGUUUGAAAAUCAAAAUGGACUGGAUCAAGUCGAAAGGCUACUUGGGCGCAAUGACCUGGGCCAUCGACAUGGACGACUUCCACGGACUCUGCGGUCGCAAAAACGAUCUGUCACUCAUCUUGGCCGAGGGCAUGAGCAAUUACAUAGUUCCUACCCCAAGUUACAACACCACUCCUAGGCCCGAAUGGUCUCGACCGAAAAGCACAACACCAAAUCCAAAUGAAGCUGGCCUCGGCACAACUGCGACGAGAGACACCGAGAGCACGACCCGACCAACCAGGCCAAGCUGGAGCAGCUCGACGAGCAGACCCUCGACGAUAACGACGACGAGGAGGCCAUCUCGGCCCACCAGCACCACCACCCAAGGCUCUACCGAAUCCGAAUUCGAUGAGCUCGAGAGCGAGAACGAGAUCAAAUGCUCCGAUAAGGACUUUGUCUCUGCCAAACGAUGCGAUUCCUACUACAGAUGCGUCUAUGGAAAACCAUUGCUGUUCCAGUGCCGCGACGGUCUCCACUACAAUCCCGAGACGAACAUUUGCGAUUGGCCGGAGAGUAUCAACCGCACAGAUUGCGAGUAAAGUCGGCGAGACGAUGAGUCGUGAUAACAUCGUGAAAACGACGAAGAGGACGAAAAAAAAAACACCAACCACCACCGUAUCAUUGUAACAACGAUUAAUGUUUUUUCCCUCUCUCGAAACAAUAAUGAUAACGAAAAGCUUAGGUGUAUGGAUAUUAAUUAUAUCGACGAUAUUCUUGAUGUAAUUACGGUUGUAAGUGUCGGUAAGGAUAGCAAAAAACCCAACUGCAUCUCGCCUGAAAGAAAAUACGCAGUCGAUAGCUCCAAGUAAUGCUGCAUAUUUUCUUCAGCGAGCUUAGCUUGUAAUAGCCUGCCGAUAUUUCAUUACAACUCGCUCGUGAUAUAUACGCAUAUAAAAAAUAAUUAUAAUCCAUGCUAAUAUAGACGUAUCGAUUAACUUCUAAAACUUAAUUUAUUUUUCACAGCAUUGUAAGAUUAAAUGUAGGUCCGUAGCUGUAAUGAGAUUCGAUUCAAUGUGUAAAAUGAAUGCGAUAUUUGUAAUA